GUACGGACACGCGGCGCGGUUCGCAUCCUCCGGUGGUAGAACAUUCGUUACCAACACUUCACUACCAACGAUCUCGCGACUCGGUGCUGAUAAGGGGAAACAGAAUAUAAACGAUUUGAAGUGCUCCAAAUUUUCUUUUUCUUAAAUCUAUAAACCUUUUUUUUGUUGAUUUUUUGUGUGCCCAGUGCAAGUGCUAGUGUCUGUGAAAAGAGUGCCGGCUUGGAAAAUGCGCGCCAAAAAUUGAGAAAUAUUCGCAGAGCGCAGCGGCAACAGAAACUAAUCAAACUACAUUUUGAAACGACCGAGGAGAUAAACAUAAAUAAAUAAUCCGAAGUGCAUAGUGGGGACUCGGCGAUAUUGGCCAUAUGUGGACAUCUAAGGACAGGCAAAUUAAAAAAUAAAUGGCGCAUGAUUAACCAACGGUCUUCUGCUCGUCGGGAUUUCUGCGUUACGUGUAAAGGACUCUUGCUGCGAGCGGAGAGUGCGAGAGAGAGGCAGCGAGCGGGCUAGAGCGAGACGGAGACAACAAGACUGAAGCUGGCAAACCUCACACAAAAUGCGAAGGAGAAGGAGCCCGGGCGGCGCACAACAACCACAGCAGCGGCCACACGAACAGCAGCAGCAGCAGCAUCAAAGGUUAAGCCACGGCCCACGCUGUUCGCUGCUAAUGCUGCUAAUUGUUGGGCAAGCAGUUUACGCUUCUGCCGGCAGUGAGCUAAUCGCCAAUCGCUCCGCGCCCAUGGACGAAUCGCUGGCCAGGCCCCCCGGCCACCGGCCGUCGAACUCGACCCUGGCCACGCCCCCGACCACCAAGUUCUCCGGCCCCUUCCGGGAGGCGGAUGUGGCCGAGGGCGAGGGGGAGGGCGACUGGGGGGCGGGGCAGCACCCGCUGACCAUUUCCCGGCCGCCGCGAGCGGGCCGCAGCGAGCGGCAGGCGGAGGAGGACCAGGUGGACCGCUGCCGUCUGUUCGUCGAGGGGGAUCCCACCAAGAACGAGCUUUACAGCCCCGAGUACCCCAACCUGUAUCCGAAGAACAUCAACUGCACGCGGGUGAUCACAGCGCCAAAGGGACAAAUCAUACGCCUGGACUUUCGCAACUCGUUUAAUAUCGAGGCCAAGGAGGAGUGCAAAUUUGAUUUUCUCGAAAUCCGGGACGGCCAGUACGGCUUCUCCACGCUGAUCGGCAAGUUCUGCGGCACCGACUUCCCGCCGGAGAUCACCUCCAAGGAGCGCUACCUGUGGCUGCACUUCCACUCCGACGAGACCAUCGAGUACACCGGCUUCAGCGCCGUCUACGAGUACCUGGACAGGAACCGGGAGGCGCCCAGCACCGACCUCAACUGCACCAUCGAGAAGGGCGGCUUCGAGGGCUUCAUCAACUCCACGGACGUGCCGGCCGAGAUCCGGGAGCAGGUCAACCACGACAAGAUCGCGCUGGACUGCAUCUGGCGCAUCCAGGUCAAGGAGAACUGGAAGAUAUUCCUAAAGUUUCUGGACUUCAAGCUGAGCAAGCCGAACGACUGCGACACCAACUUCCUGGAUAUAUUUCCCGAGCAGACGGUGAUGCCACUCAGGGUCAAGAACUUCUGCGGCUCGGCCGGCGAGAGUAUUACGGCGGACUCGAACAUCCUGCACUUGCGCUUCUACGCAGAUCAAAUCGCGAUUAACUCGACGUUCGGCAUCCUGUUCACGGCGUUCCGGGACCGAGGAGCUGCCUGCACCGAGGACGAGUACGAUUGCGAGGACGCGACCUGCAUAUCAAAGGAUUUGAAAUGUAAUAGCCUAGACAAUUGUAAAUUUCGAUGGGACGAGGAGGGCUGUACGGGCGAGGCGGCCGGCCAAUCGGAGCAUGUGGUCAUCAUCGUGAUUGUGUUUGGCCUGAUUCUCGGCGGCAUGGUCGUUACGUUCAUCGUCAAUUGCAUACGCAAGAUAAUACGUGAUCAGAAGAUAAUACGCGAACACAUCCGGGAGUCGAAGGAGAGCAAGCUGGACGAGAUGGGCCGCAACUCCAAGGGUCGUUCGCGGGAGAACAUAUCCAGGCAAAAGCACUCGCAGACCUCGCUGCAGAUCCUGGACGACGUGUCGAACCGAUACUACCGCGAGGCCGUGCCCCUGUCGACGCAGUCGAGCAAGGCGGAUUUCAAGGAGAAGGAGCACAGCAUCCUGCGCCGGCACGCGGACAUGACCCAAACGAGCCUCUGCGGCAUCGCCGGCGAGGACGACGGCGAGUCCAGCUCGACGACCACCGCCACCCACGAGCUGAUGACAAAGGCGGCCAUGUCGGCGGUGCCCUCCAAUGCCUGCGAUAUGGGCUGUCAGACGAGGGAGUCGCUGUUUGUCAACAGUCCCGGAAUUGGACCGUCGGCGGGUGCGGGCGUCGGCGUUGCUGUCGGCAUUGGUAUUGCUGUUGCUCCCGGCGGCGGUGUUGCGACGCUAAUGAGACAAAAGUCCAGCUCCUCCUCGCUGGGCGGGAACAGUGGCGCCGGAGUCGGGGUCGGGGUGGGGGCCAUGAUGAUGGCGCCCCCGCCGCCGCGCUUCUUCUCCACCUUCGGCUACGAGCCGUCGGGAUCGCCGGCGGUGGCAACGCUGACACGGCGCAGCAUGCACCACCAGCAGCAGCAGCAGCACCACCAGCUGCCGCGCCAGGAGUCCAUGGAGAUGGAGGAGCGACACAGCGGCCGCUCGCACUACGGCGGCCUGCUGGUGGCCUCUACGGUCAAGCAGCCGCAGGAGAUCUGUCACCAUCAUCACCAGCACCAGCAACAUGCGCAGCAGCAGCAACAUGCUCAGCAGCAGCAACUUGCACAGCAGCAGCAACUUGCACAGCAGCAGCAUGCACAGCAGCAACAGCAACAGCAGCGACUGCACCACGCUCAUCCCCAUCCACAUCCGCCGAGCAUUGCCGCCCGCCUGCCCGCGAUGAAGGGACACGGAGCCAUGGGACAGACAACGAUCCUGCCCGGCAGCAACAAGCAGCAGCAGCAGCAGAAGAACGAGGAGUCCAAAGUGUUUAUCGACAUACGGAAUUCAGCACCAGACGUGAUUAUCAUGACGUCCCAUUGACAUUUAAGGAUGGCCCGCCAAUCAGCAACAACAACGGUGCAGAGCAGGAGCAACAGCAGGAGCAGCAGCAACACCAGCAACAGCAGCAACACCAGCAUCAGCAGCAUCAGCAGCAACAGCAACAGCGGCGGAAAGAGGAUGCGUUGCAGCAACUGGACAUCGGCCAGCAUAUUAACCGCAGCCGCAGCGUCGCUGAUGACACAACAAGGACACGAAGGAGGCGCGUUGCAAUCAGCCAGGGGGCCAGGGGGUGGUGCUUUCUUUCGCCCGCCCAUUUCGCCACUCGCAACACGCCACUCCCCCCACCGCCGCCCACAUCCGGUUUGCAUUCCGUUGCACUCGUUUCGCGCUUUCCUUCCCCGCUUUUAAAGAGAGGUGAACGCGGUCUUUAAAUUGCUGCAGUCAAAAGUUUUCGUAAUGAAGACACCGAACUUGUUCUGUUACCAUUGUUUUUAAGAAGUUCUUUAACUGACUUUUAAGUAUAUUUUUGCCACUUGGUGAAGCCAAUUAAGGAGCUUGCUUUGGAGCGAAGGACGAGGCACUGUCAACAUAUGAAUGCAUAUGAUACAACUGCGAUUAACUUCUUAAUAUUAUUUUGACACCAAUCUGUUUUCAACUUACCAUUUGAUUAAAACUUCCUUAAAUUAAGUGAAAGCUGAGAAUAUAAUUUAAAUGGAUUUAACAAGAAGCCCUAUUUGAAAAUGUUUAAUUUUUUAGCAAUAUUCAUAAUUUACAAAUAAUUUGUUAAGGUCAAAAAAUAUAUUAUUUAAUUCAGCGCAGCUGUAUAUUGUGUGAACCUGUAAAAUCCUUUGUAAAAGUACUUCUCUAAAAGUUUUCUCAAGAAACUUGUUCGACUUGUGAAAGUCACAAAGGCGUCUUUAGACAUUAAAUUAUAUAUAAUUUUACCAAACUCCCACACUAAGUAUGCCGCCCAAAGCGGUCUUAAAAACCGUGCAAAGCCAAUCGAAGGGCCUUUAAGACGACGUAAACCCACUAAUAGCUCGGCAGCAAUUGGGCUGACUGGGCGAGACAAAUGGAAGAUGUGUCGGCCCGUUGGCUCGGCCAGCCCCUUUGCAAUAGCCAGUGGGGGAUACUGCGGACCGGAGUGGGGUCUUCUGAGGCCCGGAGAGCUGUUCCAGUUGUUGCCGCCGACGGACCGCAAUUGCCGGCGACAUUUGCCGGACAUUCUACGGCUGCGACAGCGGCAUUUUCUGCUCGAAAACAAUGCGAACGCAGGACACAGAUACGGAUGCGGAUGUGGAUGCGGAUGCGGAUUCCGAUGCGGAUACAAGACCGGGGUGUGGGAGUGGGCCGGCAGACACUAAGCAGACCGCUGACAACGUGGCGUAUGAGCAACAUGUCCCAGAACAUUGUUAUCGGACUCCAGUGCACCUUCCCCAGGCCCCAGCAUACCAUCACCCACCUUCCAGCUUCUCCUUUCCCUCACGUGGUUGCCGCUCGGAAAAAUGCUCGACAGGAACUUCUUCAUUUACAUGCAUUGCGGACGUGGCCCAUUUCACGACGAUGUCGCGACCAGAGUCCAUCCAUCACGGGCACGUGCUCGGAGCUCCGUUUCGGUCCUGGUUUCGGGUUAUGGGCUUCAGCUUGGGUUGGGUUCGGGCCUCGAGCUCUGGCUUUGGCUCCGUUUCUGCGGUUCCCGACAAGCAAUUUACGGAAAAUAGUUUUUUAAGUGAUUUCGGAGUGGUCCUCUCCGCUAGUUUUAUGGAAUUCAUUUCUGGUCCCUAUUUGGAAAGCCAGGACCAGUCCUCCCUUUUUAACCCAUUAAUUACAAGUGGGUGCAAAUGCACACAACGACUGUGAGGCGGUUUAAAAUCUUUGCAGGUGCUGUUCUUAAGUCAACUAAUAUACUGAUAACAAGUUCAGUAAAUAGUUUGUACCCAAAAAUAUUUAUUUUUAGCUCAUAGAAAAGCUCUAAGGAAAAUUGAAAAGAAAAUCUUGAGCAGAGCUCUCUCCAAACUACUGCUGAUUCCCGAACAACUUGUAAUGGGUUAACGAAGGACCUGGGCAAUCUUUUUAGUUCAUCUGCCAUCUAAAUCCCUUUCAAUUAGAUAAAUUAGCUGGCCACAGAUUUCUCCGCACCUGUGAAAAGUUUCCCCACUCAACGACGGACGGAUCCGGGAUCCGGGCUCCGGAGUCGUCGGUCCGCCAGUCCGCAAUUAGCGUGGUCACCGUAAUGCGGUUGGUUUUGGGUUUUCGGUUUACGGCUUUCGGCUGGCCGGGAUCAUCCCGGCGGUUUGAGUGGUCUGAGUGGUUCCGAUGGUGUAAAUAUUGUCGCAGCUGGCCAAAAAACGGGGGGUGGCUCCUGAAAAAUAAAGAUGACAAUGACAAUGAGCGAGCGAGGGUGUGGGAAAUCCAUUUGAUUGAUUGAAUUUAAAGAGCAGCGACAGCCACGCGGGAAAACGGGGAAAAUUACACGACCGAUGUCUGAUAAUGGUAAUGGCGAUGGUGGCGAUGGUGGCGAUGAUGAUGAUGAUGAUGGUGCAGUGCUGCAGCUUUUCCGCUCUGGGGAAAGCUCAAAUCAUUAGAGUGAUUAAAGGUCGAGCUGACAUGACAAGAGUUCCUUUGACUUGACUCGGACCCUCAUCAUCUUGAGCUCUGGAAUCAGUCAUGGAAGACUCUGGAGCUCUAAAAUCUGUCAAAAUGAGCUUAGCCAAUUGUAUGUACAUUUUUUGUUGAGCGAAAUUCGCACUUCUAUUUCUAUUUAGCCCUCUUGCAAAAAUCAGUUCACACUUAUAUUAUACAGGAUAUAUUUGACAGUCCUUUGACCUGACUAGGAAAUAACCCUCAUCAUCCUGAGCUCUAAGCCCUGCCAAGGAUACAGCUUUCCGCUCCAAAAAAAUUAUGAAAAGAUUAAGCAAACGUAAAGCUAAUAAAAUGAACUUAACCGAUUGUAAAUGUUUAGUAAGAAUAGCUCAAUAAAUUUGUAUCUUUCCUCUCCGUUUUCGACUAAUUUUUCACUUCUAAGCUAAUUCGAUUUUUUAAAACCGUUUGAGCUCUAAGAUCUGUUCAAAAAACCUAGAAAGUCCCCAAAAAAAUGUUGCAAAAAAUAAACACAAGCUCAAAUGAAUUUAUCAAAUUUUAGAAUUAUUUUUAGGAACAAUAAUUUGUUAAUGCUAAAAAAGUUUUGUUAUGGAGCAGGGAAUACACUGUUUCAAUUAUAGGCCAAUUCUCACUUCCCCUACCACAUAUUUUUCUAAAAUACUUAUUGAAAGCCAAGAAAAUAUCUUGCCGUUCCGUUUGUACAUAAAUCUAAGCAAAUGUAAGCUUUUUAGGCUUAAAUCUUAACUACGUUUAAUUGUUAAAUGAAUUUUGUAUUUGUUUUGUUUUAACCCCGAGAACCGUAGGACACUUUUUCUAGCUAAAUUUAAGAUGACAUUUAGCGAUUUUACUAAAAAAAGCAUCUAGAAACUAUACUAAAGUAUGAAAAACUAAAAGCAAAAAAAUAAAUUGAAAACAAUGUGUACUAUAAGUCAGCUAUGCCUAGGAUUAAGUAAAUGUACGAUAAUUUUUUUUUAUGAAAACAUAUACAUAAAUACUUAAAGUAUCGAAAUGAACUACAGAGAAACCCAGCAAAAAAUAUUUAAAACCUUGUCUUUUUUUCAAAAUGACUGCAAGCAUUGUAAUUGUAAAUUGUCGAGCGACAGAAAAAAUUGUAUACACAUACGAGCAUUAAAUAAAUACUUGAAAAAAUGCUUCAAAUGUAUGGAUUCAAAUGGAUAUGGCGAAAGAUAAGCGAGUAGAAUUGUGUGUGAGGAUUUGCGAGUAUCUGAAUGUGUAUAAAAUAAGCCCAAAAGCGAUCGAAUAAAAAUUCAUUUUGUGCAAA